GAUAAACUGUCCAACAUGACGACGAUAUAGAUAUCUUAGACGUUAUAACGUGUGUUCUUUCUACCCUAGGAAUCUGGGGGUUGUUGCAUUGUGUUCCCGAUCUUCCUUUCCUGAUCUUUCCCCAUCUUCUGCUGCCAGACAUUACGUUUUAAACUCGCCUCAUACACUACUUAUAUCCAUAUAAGUCUCCGGACGUCACUAACUAGCAUUUAGUUAGCUUUACUGAUUGUCUCAUUCACAUUAAACCUUUUGCUGCCAAUAACUUAGAUAAGCUGAAAUAGCUUCUAGCAGUUUCCAGAUACUGUGGGUGUUCUCACCACCAUAACACAUUUUUGUACCUCGUCUUAUUUACUCUGCUCUAUACCUUUUAUAACAUUUCAUAAAAUUGAUUGAGAGACAUUACUAAUAGGCACUAAGUUGUCUGAUCGAAAUUGACACUUAUGUUGGGACUGUGCAUAUGUAACAAAUUUAUCGACACAAUCUUCUGAUCAGUAAUCAUUAGACUUUAAUGUGUUAUUUUACAAUAUAAGUUGAUUAAAUCGUUCAAAUACCAAUCAGAUCUAUUGACGAUAACCCAAUUAAUACAGUUUUAUGUAUGAUACUAGUGUAUGUAAGUUCAUAUCAGGUGAGUAAAUAACUUAUUUGUAAUUCUUAUUACUUUUUCAUCUCUCAAUAACUUCGUAUAUAUUGCAUUAUCUGUGUAACUUCCCAGCUUUUCAUUUGUUUCAUAUUAAAAUCCCCACUCAAAUAAGAUUCUACAUGAUAAUAACAUCCUAUUGGCUUCGUAUUUAGUCUUAACGGAUUCAAUCAAUGGAAGCACUACUUGCCUGUGUAGAUAUUCCUCCAGAUUGUCAUGAUGCUAUACCUCUCUUAAACUUGGAAAAUAAAUCUUUCUCUAAGUUUUUCAAGCGAAUCUUAAAAAGGCUGGAAAAAGGAGAGACUUGUGUUCAAAAGGCAUUGCCUAAAUUAUCAAAUGAUGAUACUGAAGAAGAGUCAGAAUACCUACUUAUUGGGACCACUCAAGAAGAGAAUUCCAGAAUAUUAUUCGCACGACUUCCAAACUCGUCAGGGAGUAAUGAAGUAUACAGACUCCCAUUUGUUCGUUUCACCGUUCGCAGGACUAAUGAACCUACAACGAAACAGAAUCAGGAUACCUCAAAUAACAGCAUUGAACCUUAUCUACAGGAUACUUUUAAACGUCUUGAUGACAAAAUAGAAAAUUUUGGAAUACAAUUGUCUAAAUUAGUAGAAUCAUUGUCACAGAAAUCAGCGCCUCGACCUCCAAGAAAAUCACAAACAUCUGCAGCAAUUCCUUCAUUAAAUACAACUAUAUCAAAACCUAUAUCAACUUCACAACUUUCACCUACAUCCACUCUUAAAUCAACACCAUCAUCUAUAAUAAAACCUGGAUCUACAAUAAAAAAUGCAUCCACUCCAAAAUCUAUGAUUAUAAAUCAAACAAACUCUAUCGUUUCAUCGAAUGAAAAUAAACUUAAAUCAACUCCAAUUAAAUCAUUAUCAUUAUAUGGUCAUAGUUUAGAAAGUCAAUAUUUAAAUGAAAGUAGCACUAAAAAGAAACAAAAUGAAUCAUCGACACAAGGUCAUAGUCAAAUUGAAAAUCCAAGAUUUGCUUCAAUGAUUGAUAAAGCUAUUGAUCAUGUUUUAGACCGUAUUAAUAAAGGAAAAGAUAUUAAAAUUGGACCGGUAUUACAAGAGAGAUUAAGUUCUGUAAAUAGAUACAAUAAUACACUUGAUCAUAUCAAUCUAUCUAAUCGUGUUGACAUUGAUGAUGAGAAUGAUGAUCAUGAUGACAACAAUCAUAACAACGAUGCCAAUAUCACUGUUUAUAACAAUGUUGUAUAUGAUAGAAAUCAACAUAAUUUUAAUAUUAAGCCUAAAAAGAACUUAGUUGCCGUUUCACCAUGUGUAUCAUUUAUGGUGAAACCAGUUCAAAGCAGUGCUAAUAAUAAUAAUAAUAUCAAGCUGAAUACUAAUACUACUAAUAAUAGUAAAUAUCAAUUAUCCACUGAAGAUUAUAAAGAAUUAGAAGCUGUUUUACAAAAUGAUUCUAUUGUCAAUAAUAUUCAUUAUUCAACUGAUUAUGUUGUUGUUGAUGAUGAGGAUAAUGAACGAAAACAUAAACAUAAAAAACGGAAACGUACAGAUGAUUAGAUAAUAAAGCAAUGAAACAACACUAUCUGUACAUAUAUUCAUGUGUAUGUAUGUGUGUGUGUGUGUGUAUGAGCGUGCAUGUAUAUGUCGAACUUCAGUUUUGUACAUAAUUACAAGUACUAUACAUAUUUAUAUUAGGUCAGUUUUUCUCUCUUUCUUUACAGCGCGUGAUAUCUGUCUGUACUUAUCUGUUGACUAGUCUAUUUAUUACACAUGUAUUACAUGAAUGCUUAAUUGUUUCAUUUAUAUUAUAACCUUUUUAUUUUGAUGUUAUAGUGUAACAAGGCAAUAAGAUAUAAUUUAUAUAAAUACACAAUCAACAUAUUUUCUAUUAA